AUGUUUUUAUUCCAAUUUUCUCGCCGAUUGCCGCAAGGAAAACGCUGUGAACUCGAUCACAAUUUCCUCUAGCUCUGUUUUGCUAUCUACAGAUUGUGGUUUCGCCGGUAAAUGUUUUAUGUUUUGCUUUUUUUCUGUUUUUAGGACCAAGUUGACGGAUAAUGCCGGAAAAGGUGCCGGAUUUAGCGAAAUCAUGAAGGUUUUUGAAAGACGUUUAGCUGGAAAGUUGUGCAAUGGGCGUGAUUCCAAAAAUUGGUUGUUUAUAAGUUGACGUUUUGGGGGAGUUUGAGUGUUCGAUUAUGUGAUGUUCUUCUCAUGGAUUAUAUAAUUUUUGAAGAGUAUUUGUGCUGAAAUCGUUUGGUUCUUUGUACUUGAAACUUGAAAUGGGGCCUAUUCUUUGGUUUCUUGCUAGUUUUGAGUACAGACAGCGCUUAAAAAAUCGUUUAUUUUAUUAUUCAAGAUCACGCCAUAGAUAAUAUAGUUCCAGAGUUUUUUCUUUCAAUUUCUGCAUUUUUUGCUUAUAGAAGCAUUCGAAAAUGCUUGCUAAUUCCAAAAACUUCAGACUCCCAUUAAUUGUUUGUUAUUUUCAAGGGUUUUUUGCACAUACCUGGGAGAACCUUUUGAAAAGAGUCUUAUUUUGUUUCGGACGGGAAAAACGAACGUUCCACAGCGUUCUUUUUGCCCUUUCUAAACUCCCUUUUUGCUCUUUCUGUCCCGGACAAUCACAUACGGAUCCAAACUAUCUUUUGAAUGUGUGCAAGGGUCGAUAUUUUUGAUUUUCCAGUGUUUUUGUAAAUUUUGUGGAGAUGAUGGAUAAAUUAGCACUUUUUGGGAUCGGAGCUGCAGUUUACGUAGGGAAGAUGUUGUAUUGAAGGUGUUUUGAAAUUGUGUAUGGAAAAAUGGUGGGGGUUUCGUGAUGCAAUCGUCAAAGAUAUAUCUAAAACGGAACUGGGACGAUUGGGGAACUGAAAAGUAUUAUUUUUCUUCGAUGCAAGUGUCGAAAUUAGGAUAAUCGAGGGUGGUGAUUUCGAAAAUGACAUUCAUUUUUUAGAUCUUUACUUUUUUCCUUAAGUAGUAUUGUAAAGUAGAAAAUUUUUUAAAUUUUUUCUAUGAAUGCUCGAUUUGGGGGUUUUACGCUGGUGCUGCUUUCAAACCAGAAAAAAUGAAUAAGAUUUUCGAAAUCAGCACCAUCGAGGAUCCCUAAAUCGAGUAUUUAUGAAAAAAAUUAAAAAAUUGCUUUACUACUUAAGGAAAAAAGUAACUAUCAAAAAAAAAUGAAUAUCAUUUUCGAAAUCAGCGCCCUCGAUUAUCCUAGUUUCACACUUGCAUCGAAGAAAAGUAAUAAUUUUCGAUUUCCCUAAUCGUCCAACUCCGAUCUAAAACACCUUAUUCAGGGCGAUUUUGGUAACUUUAUGAUGCGAUUUUUGUGUCAUUCGAAUGGCUAGAGCAACUUUUCUUUUUACAAGUUUAGGACUUAUUCUUUAAUUUUCAAUCAAAUUUUUAUGAAACUUUGCGUAAUUUCACAUUAUUUUACCUUCCCAUGGUGGCGUGAAUGCUUGUCAAUUCUUGUGACUCCUCCUCCCUGUUUGAUAAAGGUUACGCAUGCCGGGGGUUUUCACUUUUUUUGUUGUUCCACUCUGAUACAGCCCGUCUUAAAAUGGGUUCCCUGGCGUGAGUGGCCACUGUUAUCGCGACGACCCUGUGUGUGUCGGUUUUUUGAUUGUUUCGGAGGUCUUUUUGUUUAUUAAAAUAACCGAAGGCGAACCUGAAGGUUUUAUAAGUGAAUUGGAUUCUGUUUGAGAAUUGUACAGUGGGGGACCUGGUCCAGUGUCAAUAAACGUACCGUUUUGCAUCCGGGAGGCGUAAAAAAUGUGGCAAAAUGCUUCCCUCUCCAAGUGAAAAAACUUCGGUUUCGAAUUGUGAGGAAAAAGGCCCUUCAAAACGAAGUUUUUUCAUUUGGAGAGGGAAGCAUUUUGCCACAUUUUUUAUGCUUCUCGGGUGCAAAAUGGUACGUUUUUUGCCACUGUAUCAGGUCCGUCACUGUACAGGUUGUGUCUGUCCCAAAAAUUUUAAAAAAUUGGAAAAAAUGUCUAAAACAAUAUAAGUUUUGAUGUAUUUUGGCUAUAAAUGCGGUUUGUGAGGUUGUAUAAAGUUCCAUAAGCUCUAAAGUCAUUUAUAGCCAUAUGAAUCAUUUUUUUCCACUCACUUUUAUCGUGAAUAAUCCGUUUUUUCAACCAAAUUUCUCCAUGGAGCAAUUAAAAUUUUCCCGUUUUCAGUUUCAACUUGUGUUUGUCCUUUCGAAAUCAUGUCCGCCGACAAAGUUGCGAAGCUGGCUGAUGCCGCCAACCGUCUGCGCGUCUCGGCCAUCGAGAUGACGGCGGCCGCCAAGUCCGGUCACCCCUCCUCAUCGGUGUCCGCGGCUGAGAUUGUGUCCACUCUGUUCUUCGAUGAAAUGAAAUACGAUGUCAGCAAACCGAAGGACAUCAACGCCGACAGAUUCGUCCUCUCCAAGGGCCAUGCGUGCCCCAUCUUGUACGCCGCGUGGCAUGAGGCCGGCCUGAUCACUCGCGACGAAUAUUUGAAGGUCAGACACAUUGACUCCGACUUGGAGGGUCAUCCCACUCCUGUAAGUUGUCCUACUGAGCCUUAUUUUCAUCAAUGAUGUAUGGGUUUGCCUCUGGAAUUACCAAAAAUUUUGUGAAUUAUAUUAGACAUGGAUAAUAUAAAAAUUCUGAGAAGAACCAAAAUUUUUGUUUGAAGAUGAUUGUAUGAUGAAAAUUGAGAAAAUAGAUUGUUAUCCAGCCAUUUUCAGCGUUUGAACUUUAUCGAUGUGGCCACCGGAUCCCUCGGCCAAGGACUUUCCAUGGCCACUGGAUUGGCCUAUGCCGGAAAAUACUUGGACAAGGCCACCUACAGAACCUACUGCCUGCUCGGUGACGGUGAAACCGCCGAAGGAGCCAUCUGGGAAGCUGCUGGUAAGUCGGGUUUUGGAUUUGAAAGGGUUCGGAUAUUGUAGUAGGGGACGUGAUCCAGUGACAAUAAACGUACCAUUUUGAAUCCGGGAAAUAUCAAAAAUGUGGCAAAAUGCUUCCCUCUCCAUGUGAAAAAGCUCUGAUUUCAAAAGCAUUCAAAACGCAAGGUUUUUCACUUGGAGAGGGAAGCAUUUUGCCACAUUUUUGAUGCUUCCCGAAUGCAAGAUGGUACGGUUUUUGUCAGUGGAUCAGGUCCGUCGCUGUAGUAUGCAAUAGUUUGGAGAAAGUGGGGGAAAUCAGAUUUGACAUGAAUUUUUUGGACAGAUAAUAUAUUGAAAGUACAUAGUGAGAUAGAUCAUAGAUCUAAAUGUUUGUAUGACCUGGAUUUUUUUAGCAUUUGCCAGCCACAACAAGCUCGACAACUUGGUGGCGGUCGUUGAUAUCAACCGCCUCGGUCAGUCGCAGCCAACUCAACUCGCCCACGACCUGGGAGCCUAUGCCCGCCGCUUCGAAGCGUUCGGAUGGCACGCCAUCCAAGUCGACGGACACAACGUCGAACAACUCCUGAAGGCGUGGGCCGAAGCCCGCCAAGUCAAGGGACAACCCGUUGUUGUCCUCGCUCAGACCUACAAGGGACGCGGAAUUGAAGGAGUCGAGGAUCUGGAGGGAUUCCAUGGAAAGCCUGUCCCGGUUGAGAAGACUGAAGCCAUCAAGGCCAAGCUUCAAUCCCAGACUCCAUUGAAAUGGGACAUCCCCAAGCCGGCUUAUGACGUUCCAAAGAUUGAUCUGAAAAUAGGAGAAAAUAAGGUAAAUUUAUUUUGCAAAUCUUUUUUUGAAAUAUAUUUUUUUGAUUUUAUUUUGGGUUUCAAACAUGUGCAAAGAAAAUAUAUUUUUAAAAUAUUUUAUUUUUUCGCAAUUUUCAGAUCACCACCCCCAACUACAAGCUCGGUGAAAAGGUCGCCACUCGUGCCGCCUACGGAACCGCCCUCGUCAAGUUGGCCGACCAGAACCCGCGCAUUCUUGGCCUCGAUGGAGACAUGAGAAACUCCACAUUCUCCGAGCAACUCUGGAAAAAGAGCCCCACCCAGUACGUGGAGUGCUACAUUGCCGAACAGCAGAUGGUUGGCGCCGCGAUUGGACUCUCGUGCCGCGACCGUUCCAUCCCAUUCGUCAGCACCUUCGCCGCCUUCUUGACCAGAGCCGCGGAUCAGAUCCGAAUGGGCGCGGUGUGCUUCGCGAACGUGAAAUUCGUCGGUUCGCAUUGUGGAAUCUCCAUCGGAGAAGACGGCCCAUCCCAGAUGGCGUUGGAGGACCUGGCCCUGUUCCGCGCGGUCCCAAAUUCUGUUGUUCUGUACCCGUCCGACGCUGUUUCCACGGAAUAUGCGACGGAGUUGGCCGCCAACCACCGGGGAAUCGUCUUCAUCAGAACCGGACGUCCAGCUCUUCCAGUCGUCUACGAAAACAAUGAGAAAUUUGCCAUUGGACAGUCCAAGGUCGUCAAGAAGUCGGGAUCUGACAAGCUGGUCAUUGUCGCUGGAGGAGUCACCUUGAACGAGGCCCUGAAGGCAGCCGAGCAAUUGGAGAAGGAGGGCGUCAACGCGGCUGUGAUUGACAUCUUCUCCGUCCAACCCAUUGACAGACAGACACUCUUGGAGACCGCCCAGAAGUCCGAAGGCAAGGUCCUGACUGUCGAAGACCACUAUCAACCAGGUGGCAUUGGAGAAGCUGUAAGUUGAAGGAGAAGAUGUUUUUGAGGGCUGUUUAAGAGAAUUUAAUUAGGUUUUAGAAUAAAAUUAUGAGGCAAAAAUUAGUUUGGACUCAUGAAUAAGAUAAUUUUUGUCAGUUUGGACUCAUGGAUAAUAUAAUUUUUGACGGAAUAUGUGGUUUUUUGAUGUUUGUUGGGAUGGAAAUGCCUGUUUAGACUGUUUCAGGACGCUUUAGUUCGGUUAUUUGUUUUUGAUCAUAUUAAAAAUACGUCCCACCUUGAUCUCAUGGAUAAUAUAAAUUUACAAAAAUUUUUGCUUCCAGGUUGCUGCUGCCCUCUCCGACGUCCCCAACAUUGUUAUCCGCCGCCUCAAUGUAAAGGAAGUCCCCCGUUCCGGCGCCCCCGACGCUCUCCUCGACCGUUACGGCAUCUCCGCCAAACACAUUGUCGCCGAGGCCAAGAAGUUCUAA